AUGUCUCUCUCCGCCUACGAGCUGGAGCGGCUCGAGAACAUCCGCCGCAACCACGAGCAUUUGGCCCGACUCGGGCUGAAGGACAUGCCGGCGCCAAACGUCUACAUCGAGCACGACCCCGACGAGGACGAGGGUAGGCGACGGCGCAAGGCGCAGAGGAGGCCUCUGGUUCUUGGCGGCCGCGACGCCGCCGCGGCGUCUGCGUCCGAGGAGGAGGAGGAUCCGGACGCCCUUCCUGUCGAGCGAGAAGAGGGGCUGCGGCUCACUCCGCUCGAGAGGCGUGUGUACUCCGCGCUCCGCGAGAUUCGCAACGCCAAGGCCCGCUCGAUCCAGCGGUCGAUGUUUGUCGUCUGCAACAAUCGGACGAUGGUCGACAUGUGCAAGCGAGUGCCCUCCUCGCCCAAAGAGCUGCGGCAGUGCCACGGGAUGGGGGAGGUCAAGGGCGAGAAGAGGCGGCGGAAGAAGAAGGCGAGGCGGGCGGUGCCGCUCGACGGGCUGAGCGAGGAGGAGCUGCUCCGCAUGCAGCAAGAGCUCUUUGCCAGCGCGCGGCAGCACGUCAUUCGCUUGAUGGACGAGCGCGAGCCCGCCGCCCGAUUCUUCGAGCGGCAGAUCGACUCAAGCGGCGGGUGCUCGAAGACGCGGAAGAGGCUGCGAGAUCUCGCAGCCACGGAGCCCGACGACCCGGCAGUGGCGUGGCCCCCUCUGGCCCAGCGCGCGCGCGUCGUGUAA